GUUAUUCCUAUCGAGAUACCAAAGUACUUGAAGGGAAAUUAGCCUACUGGUCGUUAAUGAAAGAAAAAAAAGCACAUUGGCCUAUAAAAAAGGAGCCUUCAGGAAUAAGGAGCUAUGUUUGUUCAUGUCGCGAGAACAGUCAGCUCGAUGGUUCGAGCUCCUGGGCGAAUACCCCCUCUAAUCUCACCAUGGAGUUUGGCUAGAUACCACUCGAGAAUAGCAACAAUAAGUUCCUCCUUAGACAUGCCAAAGCUGAUGACGUAUGAAAAUGGAGAAAAGGGCAAAUCUAUCUUCACACGAAAAGAGAUGCAACGGCGCGUCGACGCCCUCCGGAGUCAUAUGCUCGACAACGAGAUCGGUGGCGUACUUCUGACAUCGAUGCACAACAUCAAAUACUUCUCCGACUACCUUUACUGCAGCGUGGGUCGCCCCUACGGGCUCGUCAUCACCAUGGACAAGGUGAUCAAUAUCGCAUCUCUCGUGGACGCUGGCCAGGCCUGGCGGAUGUCACCUUAUAGCGACGAUGUGGUCAUCUACACCGACUGGCAUCGGGACAACUUUUGGAGCGCGGUUGAGCACCUCCUCGGCAACACUUCGGGAAAGAUCGGAGCCGAGUUUGACCAUAUACCUCAUGCAGGGAAACUGAAGUUAGGACAAGCCUCAUCUCGAGACGACAUCGUCGAUGUCGGUAUACCCAUCAUGCAGAUGCGGAUCAUCAAAUCACCAGAAGAAAUAGCUGUUGUAAAAGAAGGAGCCCGCAUAGCAGACCUGGGCGGAGAAGCUGUGGCCUCUGCGAGCGUAGAGGGCGCUGCUGAAUACGAAAUCGCCCAGCAUGCGACGACGGUCAUGAUGCGAGAGGUGGCGAAAACGUUCCCAGACUCAGAUAUUCGAGACACAUGGUCAUGGGUUCAGACUGGGCCAAUCAACUCAGACGGUGCACACAAUGCAACCACGACACGAGCACUCAUCAACGGCGACAUCAUCGUGCUCAACGUCUUCCCAAUGAUCGCCGGAUACUUCUCGGCAUUGGAAAGAACCCUGUUCCUAAACCACGUACCUUCAGACCGUCAUCUUGAAGUAUGGCAGGUGAACUGCGAUGUUCACCGGCGCGGUAUGGAGCUCGUCAAACCCGGUGUCAAAUGCUGCGACAUCGCACUGGAGUUGAACGAGAUGUACCGGGAAAAGAACCUGCUUCAGUACCGGAGCUUUGGCUAUGGACACUCAUUCGGGGUUCUGUCUCAUUACUACGGGCGCGAAGCUGCACUCGAACUGAGAGAAGACAUCGAGACUGUGUUACAGCCCGGCAUGGUACUCUCCAUGGAACCACAUCUCACAAUACCCAACGGGCAGCCUGGGACUGGAGGCUACAGGGAACACGAUAUCAUGGUUGUGACAGAAGAGGGCGCUAGCUCGAUAACCAAAUUUCCGUAUGGACCAGAAUAUAACAUCAUCCACAAAUGAUGACAUAGUCAUGAAUGUAAUUAAACUUUUAUCAAACGAUCUAUCAAUUUAGCUAUUCCAGUUCAAAUGGCAAUGAUCCUGAUAAAAUUACUUAAAGGUUCUUAUUUAGAAGAAUUAUCUCGGCAAGCCAGAUAUUGGCUAUUUUGAUGUGUAAUCUUACACAGCAAGAUCAGAACAUCUACUGACCUAUUGACAUGUAUUAUAGGUUUAAGUAAUUGUGUACUCUUUAUUGUAUAUACAUCUAGGCCUAGGUAAAAGGAUAUAAAUGUCAAUUUAGGGGGAACCGUUUUUGUCUCACCUGCAUUGCAGAGUGAGACUACAGGCGCCGCUUUUCCGACGGCGGCGGCGGCGUCAACAU